AUGGAGUUUUUCAGCCACCAUUUUGAUAGCACUACUGGUUCUGAAGGAUGUUUGCCACCUGGGUUCAGAUUUCAUCCUACUGAUGAAGAGCUCAUCACUUGUUAUCUUCUCAGAAAAGUCCUCGACGGUAGCUUCACCGGCCGUGCGUUUUCUGAUGUUGAUCUUAACAAAUGUGAACCAUGGGAGCUUCCACAAAGAGCAAAGAUGGGGGAGAAAGAAUGGUACUUUUUCAGUCUCCGGGACCGGAAAUACCCAACUGGGCUGAGGACCAACAGAGCGACGGAGGCCGGCUACUGGAAAGCCACCGGAAAAGAUAGAGAGAUCUACAGUUCAAAGACGUCAGCUCUAAUUGGGAUGAAGAAAACCCUAGUUUUCUACCGUGGGAGAGCUCCAAAAGGAGAAAAAAGCAACUGGGUGAUGCAUGAAUACCGUCUUGAAGGCAAAUUUGCUUACCAUUUUCUCUCGAAAAGCUCCAAGGAUGAAUGGGUGAUCUCUCGUGUGUUCAAGAAAAGUGGUGCCGGAGUUGGGGUCGUCGCCGCCGCCGGAAAAAAAUGGUUGACCGGUGGUGGGAUGAGUUACGGAAAAGAACUCAGCUCUUCAUCGGGCGUUUCGGGUUCACUACCACCACUGCUCGACUCCUCCGCCUACACCUCCGCCUACACCUCCGAACGAGAAAGCUUCUCCUACGACAGCAACCCGACCUCAAAAGAGCACGUGCCCUGUUUCUCCACAGCCUCAACCACCAACUUUGGCCCUCACCAGACUCUUUUCGACAUCCCUCCGCCGGAGCCACUAACCUCCACCUUCGACCCCACCACCAUGUGCCACCCAAAACCCACCACCCUCUCCGCCUUCCCUAGCUUGAGAACAUUACAAGAGAAUCUUCACCUUCCUUUCAUCUACUCCUCCGUGGCGGCGCCACCCAUGCAUGGCGGCGAUACAAGCAACAACUACGGGAGUUCUUCCGGUGAGAACUGGUUGCCACCGUCCACUUCAGCUUCACAGACAGACAAUCAAAAGCCUGGUCCCACGGAGUUGGACUGUAUCUGGAGCUUCUGA